GACAGAAGCAGAGAGGAAUCAUUUGGAGGUCUAAAUUAUUUCAACUCUCCAUCAUGGAUGGCUCUGUCUUUCCCGGAUGCACGAACGUACUGUCAGUAUCAUGGAGCUGAUUUGGCACUCAUAAAAUCAAACGAUGUCAAUACGUUUCUUAAUGGCAUCAUUCCCCGCAUCAUUCCGGAAACAGUACAGAGAGUAUUCUUUGGACUGACUGAUCAAGAUGAUGAAGGGACAUUUACUUGGAUCGACGGAACACCUUUGCGGUAUUCGGCGUGGGAACAUGGAGAGCCCAACAAUGAUGGAAGUGAUGAAGAUUGUGCAUCUCUAAAUCCUUCUGACCCAAACAUGGAAUGGCUCGAUAUCCCGUGUCUUUCACCAUAUCACUUCAUUUGCGAACGCUGUAAGGAUGUUCCUGAAUAUAAAUGGAGCGUGCUGGGUGGAACUCUUUACUAUGUGUCUCAAUGUUCGAGGAUGCCAUAUCCGUUUGCCAGAAAGUUUUGCCAGGAACAAGGAGGUGAUCUUGCACAGCCGAAGACACAGCGAGUCAAUGAUUUUCUCAUUCACCUAGCAGAAGGCAAUUCGUAUUGGUUUGGGUUAGGCGUCACCAAUCACACUUAUCAUUGGAUCGAUGGAACUCCGCUAACCAAUAAUGGAUUUCCUGAUUGGUCAGAUGGUGACGAGACCCUGUUUGAGAAUGACAAAUGUGUUCAUCAACAGGAUAAUAAUGGGUGGAGAACACAUCCAUGUGGAUCUUACCUCCGGUUUGCGUGUGAAAAACCUCCGCGGCCAAGACCAGUACCUCCUAUGCGUCUUAUGUCAGCUACUCCAACACCUUACGGGGGAGGUAUUGGAGAUUCUUCAUAUCUCUGUCUACUGGGAUCAGAGGGUGAAGAGAUUCUCUCAUUUUCCACAAGAAGACUCUUCCGUCUUACAGAGAAUGUAACCCCCGAUAGCUACAAAGUUACAGGAGUUACGAGCAUUUUGCCAGUUGUAGCUUUGAUGCAGACUCUGUCAGUGACUAGCGACGGGUUCGGGUUCUUCGAGUGUUCUUCAGUGACGGCGAGCAAAAGAACAUCUUCUCCUCUUGGGGUGCUUCGGUCUACACGUCAGCUACAACCCAUCGAUGGUCGACUCACAGUCACUGUCCACAUCGGAGACGAUGUCACACUCUCUGUGAUGCGUACAACGGGGAUGGAAGGGGAAGAUGGAAUAAGGUGGAGAAAGCUCAUCGAUUUCGACUGGACUGGUUCGAAUGGUUCAAACAUCGAAGAGAGUUCCAACAGCCUAUCACAUACAAUCCAGUCUGCAUCUCUCUUAGAUGCCGGUGUCUAUUUGACAUUUGUAAGUGGAACACUGGAGGACCAUCGAUACAGCUUCAUCAGACUCAUUGUAAAGGAAUGCCCUUUUGGACGAUGGAAUCCGCCAUCAUGUGACCGUUUGUGUGACAACUGCUACAAUGGAGGUAUCUGUCACGAAUCAUCAGGAACGUGUAUCUGUCCUCCUGGCCAUGCUGGAGAGAACUGCCUCCGAGCAUGUGGGAGGCAUAGUUUUGGCUGGGACUGUGAGUUUGAAUGUGGAGCUGGCCAGCUUUUGGACAAGUGUGCUGGAAGUCAGAUCUGUCUACCCGAUCCGUAUGGAUGCAACUGUCUCGCUGGGUAUACCGGAAUUUACUGCAACAAAACGUGUACCGAUGGAUGGUACGGUGCUGAUUGUCGUCAAACAUGCCACUGUGCUGAUGGGCGAGAUUGUAACGACACCACGGGAGAAUGCCAUGGAGAUUGCUCCAAUGAUUGGUCAGGUCCAGCGUGUCAAGUCCCUUCUGUUUGUCCUCCCGGAUAUUUUGGGUCCACGUGCUCUCAGAAAUGCAAUUGCAGGAACGGUACAACUUGUGAUAAGAACACUGGAUACUGCGACGAAGUUGUAGGACUUUGUGAUGUGGGAUACGUCAUGGAUUCUGUAGAGUUUCCAUCAAGCUGUAUUACUUUUUCAGGAUGUUUUGAGUCUUGUUCGAAGACAUGUCAUUGUUUGAGUAGUACUGACGAUUGCAACUUUUUAACCGGGAAUUGCAUUUCAUCCAAAUGCCAUUCACGAUGGAUGGGAGACCAGUGCCAAACAGACCGUUUUGAAGUAAGCUCGGAAAAGACCAAUCCUGGAGUUGCACUCUUCCACUUCCAUUGUUCCUACACAACGUCCCAAGAAAGUAAUAAUUCCUCUGAAUAUGUGAAGGCAGCUGCGGGAAUGUUUUCUCCAGAUCACAUGAUAAGUUAUGUGAGCUCCAAUGUAUCAGAAACAUCCAUCAAAAAUUCUUUUCGGCAUGAGUAUUUAGGCAAAGAAGAACCUAUCUACUGCUACGUCGGGAUGCCUGAAGACCCAUCCGGAUUUGCGUUCGUAAGACUACCAUCAAGAGAUUUCUUUAUCUUACCAAGCUACGGUGGUACACCAGAAAUAGUUGAAUCCGGAUACUACCAUGUUGUUGUUAGUUGGAGGCAGUGGAACUCAGAAAUUGAUACUGGGGAUGGACCUAUAGUCUGGUACAAGAUAUACGUCCGGUUGGGCACCAAGGUUGUAUACGAUGAGGAGGUCCAACCGCCAGGGGUAGGCCUACCUGAUAGCCCAGAACGUGUUCUUUCGAAGAGGUCUACAGACAAUGCCACGGAGAUGGUGACUUACAACAUCACCGAACUUGAAGCAGGGUCGACGUAUGCUAUUCAGAUUGCAGCGAUCCGAGACGGCAUCAAGGGGGAAGGGGAAUCAGGACCGAUGUUAACAGUAACAACAGAAAGUCUUCCCGUCACACUGACUACACCCAUUUCAACUGACACAUCAUCUCAGGAUGGCAGUGGAACAGGUAGCUCACUAGUAUCGGCAGCAGCAGGGGGAGCUAUUGGUGCCAUUCUGCUUGUUUUGAUUGUCAUUAUUGUAGUCAUCAUCGUAUUCAAACGACGAAGAAACGGUACUAAAUCUCCCGCGGCCGCUGGCAUUAAGGACCAUGAUAUAUCAGUUGAUUUGCAAGACACAUCAAUAGAUGGAGAAAAUGAGUAUAGCGGACGAGCCUCCGUUUCGAACCCCGAGCAAGCACCUCCAAGGAGCAUGAGCCAUAAACCACCUGUAGCAGCCAGACCUUCGCGUCGGGAGACUGAUUUGUUCGACCCCGAUUUCACGGCUGGAUCAUCUGGGAAAUCUGGCGUCAAACCUCUGACGUCACGGCAGCCAAUUUCUACAGCUCAGUUUCCUACGUUCGUCAAUGCCAACAGACACACUGAGCUCUUCUGGAAUGAAUUUCGUGAAUUACCUGGCGCAGACAUCUAUCCGCAGACUGUGGCUCGAGAGAAGAUCAAUUAUACAAAGAAUAGAUACAAGAAUAUUCUACCAUAUGAUUCUGCGAGGGUGAAGCUAGAUGUCAUCAACUCUGAUCCUCAUUCUGAUUAUUUCAACGCUUCCUACAUUCCUAGUUUUGAAAAUGACAGGGCCUUUAUCGCAUCACAAGGACCAAACAAAGAUUCCAUGAACGAUUUCUGGCGGAUGAUCUGGCAGGAGAAUGUGACGACCAUUGCUAUGGUAACGAGGCUCAAAGAAGGGGACAAGAUAAAAUGCCGUCAGUACUGGCCCAGUCAACAGGGCGAUUCGGUUACGUUUGGAAAUAUCAAGGUAGAACUGAUAUUACUGGAACCAUGCAACGGUGGAGUUAAGCGAAAAAUGACGAUGAGGAAAAAUGAGGACUAUAGGACUGUCACUCAGUUUCAUUUCCGGGUGUGGCCGGACAAAGGUGUACCCAAACAUACCUCAUUGCUUCUCAAGUUCAUCAAGGAAGUCAAGUCCAAUCAUGGGCAGAAUCCGCAUCCUCUGGUUAUCCAUUGCAGUGCUGGUGUAGGACGAACAGGUGUCGUGAUCAGCAUCGAUAGUAUAGUAGCUCACGCCAAGAGGACGGGGAUGGUUGAUGUCUUCAGCUUCGUCACGAAAAUCAGACAGAAUCGACCAUACUUGGUCCAAACACAGGAACAAUAUGCCUUCAUCUAUGCGGCUGUGCUGGAGGAUCUACUCUGGAAGGAUACUGUAAUUCCGGUGAUUCAUUUCUCAGCUCAUCUUCAAGAUUUGCAUGCUUCCAUGGAUGAAUAUGGACUGUCGAAGAUGACCAAGGAGUUUGAGACUCUGAAAAGCCUCUGUCCGGAUCCUCCAGCUUCACAAACGAGAUCAGGACGAACUCCAGAGAAUCAUCACAAGAAUAGAUACGGCAACAACCUACCACUGCAGAGGAAUCGGGUAAUGGUAGACUCCCCAGACAAUGAUUACAUCAAUGCUAGUUACGUGAAGGGGGUUCAUUGUAAUUUCCUGACUACCCAGAUGCCCAUGCCGAACACUGUUUCGGAUUUCUGCUGUAUGAUUCUUACUAUCAAACCAUCUAUUGUAGUUAUGCUCAACGAUAAAAGUCAAGAUGACAAGAGUUGUGCACAAUACUGGUCCGACCAAGGAGAGGCCCGGUUUGGAUCCUACAAAGUUGCAAUCUUAUCAACUUCAUCUGAUGAUGACAUGAUCGUUCGACAACUGGUGAUUACCAGCGACACAAAUACCAACCACACUGUGACUCAGUACCAGUUUCUUGGAUGGCCUUCUCACGGAUCAGACCCCCGAUCCGGAGCAUGGUCGUUGCUGAAGCUCAUCCGUGCUGUCAAAGGCUCCAUCACCAAUAAGAAAGACUUUUCUCUUCUCGUCCAUUGCUUGAGUGGUGUUGGACGUACAGGUGUAUUUUGCAGUGUGUUGGAAUGCAUCGCUCAGAUGGAAGAGAGUGAUUCCGUAGAUAUCUUUCAGACUGUCAAGUUCCUGCGAGCUGAUAGGAUGCAGUUUGUCCAAACCGAGGAGGAAUAUUCUUUCAUAUACGAGGUCAUCAAUGCAUAUAUGUCAUCUGAAAACUAUGAGCAGUUGCCAUAUCCUAUCGAUGAUCAUACCUACGGCAAUGUAGAGACCGACGACUACGCUCUAGACCCGGAAGAGAACCCAUAUGAGGUCACAGAUCCCCAAGACGGAGGCGCCACUGCACUCGUGUAUAGCAAUACGGAUAUGGAUACAUCUGGGCGGAGUCGGGGAAGUCGGGUGCCAAAGCCUCAAGAAACGUACAGUGUUUAUGAAAAUAUGGAAUUCAAAUCAUAGAUUCAAUUCGUUAAAGUGAUUAUACGUUGAUUUACAGACGUGCUGUCUUUUGUUGAUAAAACUGAGAAUGAAGGUAUUUCUUUAAUUAUCAUUAUUUUGUUCUCUUUCGUUAAACGUGAAACACUUUAAAUACUAGGGUGUCAGUUGAUGUCCCUAGAGAAUCACAUCCUGAGGCGUUAGAUUACAAACACGAGACUGUAUAUAGCACCGUGUAAAUGUAACAACCAAUUGUGUUGUAUUAACACCCAUAUAGUGGUGCUAAAAAAGUUAGUGAACCCCACCUAAAAAUGAACAUAUCUAAAGUUGUUCAAAUUCUACAAUGUUUUAGAUAUUUAAUUUUGAACUCGGGUGAUAAAAUAUUACAUUUAAUAUAGUUUGUUUCUCUGGGCUCGCUGAAUAUUGUAGUGGUGUAGUCUACAUUAAACACUAAGCAUGAAUGAGUUCAUUUUGUGGUGGGCGCAACUCUAGGUGUUGAACAAAAACACCAACAAUUUAACACUGGAGUAAAAUUAAUGGUGUGGUCCGCUAUAAAGUGCGUAUAAAAAAAAAGUUUACACUUAGAAAAAAUCCUGUAAAAUUAUACAUUUGUAAUAUCCUGAAGAUAUUUCCACAUUUUAACAUUGGUACAGAUCCAUUUAAGCAAAUGACGAUAUAACUGUUGAAAAAUAUUUCCGCUUGAGUGAGCACCACUUACUUUUGAAAAGUCAGUGAAAAAUGAUUUGCGCAGAACUUUGAAAUAGUUAUGCGAAUAAAAGUAGACCUUAUUCAUGAAGAACACGUGGAAUUUAGUUAGUAAAAUUGAUUUGCAGAUAUCUUUGAUCUUUUUUAAUUGUUUCCUUGCCCAAAACGCUUCGAAGAGUGCAUUGCGCCACACCCCACUCCCCCAUACACCGAGGCCACCGUGACGAUAUUUGCUUUACACUGAGCUGUGAUUUACAUGAAAUUGCUUAUAGUAUCCCGUAAUUAGUAACCAUCUGGAAUAAAAUUAUUGGAAAUGGUUUUUUGACUGAUUUGAGUAGGUAUCAUAAUAUCUAAAUCAACAUUUACCCAAAAAAAGUUAGGAGGAAUACGGGUUGGGGAAAUAUUUUUUUUUCAAGGUCAAAGGUCAAUGACCUUUUUAAAUAUACUGUAUCAUGGUAUCUCCCAUAUAAAAUAUAACAGGUUGGUGAUCAAUGUGUCAAAAUGCACAAAUUCUUACAAGAAGAUCAAAUAAUAUCAAAUCAAGUACCUACAAUGCUCAUUCAUCCAUGAAAUUCAAGGUCAAAGCCUUUCAAAGGUCAAUGACCUUUUUUACAUUAUAUACCAUAUACGGUAUAAUGGUAUCUCUGAGAUGAAAAGGUGCAGGUUGGUGAUCUUGGUAUCAAAAUGCAGAGGUUCUUACAGGAAGAUCAAAUAAGAUAAAAUUAAGUACCCAGACUGGACAUUAAACAAUAACAUUCAAGGUCAAAGCCUUUCAUAGGUCAGUGACUUUUUUUUACAAUAUACCACAUACGGUAUAAUGGUAUCUCUGAGAUGAAAAGGCGCAGGUUGGUGAUCGUUGUGUCAAAAUGCACAGAUUAUUACAAGAAGAUCAAAUGAAAUCAAAUAAAGUACCUACAAUGCUCAUUCACCAACGAAAUUCAAGGUCAAAGCCUUUCAAAGCUCAAUGACCUUUUUUUACAUUAUGUAUCAUACUGUAUAAUAGUAUCUCUGAGAUGAAACGGCACAGGUUGGUGAUCGGUGAGUCAAAAUGCACAGAUUCUUACAGGAAGGUCAAAUAUGAUAAAGUUAAUCUCCUAGAAUGCAUAUUAAUCCAUAAAGUUCAAGAUCAAAGGUCAAUGACCUUUUUACUUAGGCUAUAUAUCGCAUAAUGGUAUCUCUGAGAUAAAACGCUGCAUGUUGGUGAUUUUGGUGUCAAAAAGCAAUUUUUGCAAGAAGAUAAAAAGGCACAAAAUAAUCCUUUACCUUUGAUAUCCAAAGUCAAAGGUCAAAAGUUAAUAAAUAUUUAUAUAUCCAUACAUGAUUCCCCCAAAAAAGAAAUUAAUUCAUUAUAUUCACAUUUAAUUUGUGAAUAAUAGACAGAAAGAUAGCUAUUUGUAAUGAAAACUUGGAUGUUUAAUAAUUUCGCUCUGAAAUAAGGAUAAAAAAUGGCCAUGAAAAAUAUAUUUAGGGGUUAGAGUUCAAUCAACUAUGUCAAUAACGUCAGGGAAUUUAAGUAAAUAGGUCGAUAUAACGUGAUUGUCGCAUGUAGGUAUAGUGAUUCUGAUGGGAAAAAGACUGACUUGCGUGGAAAAUGAACACAAAUUUAAUAGUUGAAUCCUUGACCAAUGAUGAUGUCAAAAUACAAGUUCGAGAUGAAAUUGAGAUCAAAUAGCACUUUAAUAUAAUAUUGUAGUAAUGUAUUGCCAAAAGUGUAAAAAAAAUCAAGUAUGAUAGAAAUGGUAAAGUUGUCUAAAGUAGCAGCAUUUAUGCAUUUUAUAAAUCUAAAUCAAGGUACUAAUUUAUCUGUAGCAAUAGGUCACUAAGCUCAAAUGCUACAAUCAAUACUAUAAAACUAUAACUUAAUCUGUAAAUGGAAAGGAUAGGCCUAACUCUUAUGGCAAGCAUCAUCCGAGAACAUUUUCAUAUAGCCAGGGACAAUGAUGUAGAAUUGAAAUAAGGCAAUCAUUAGAGCUGCAGCUUUUGUCAUAGUAAAUGAGUUAAGUGUAUCAACUUCAGCAAAGAGUAAUUAACUCUUGAAAACCUGAUGACAUUUUCAGGACUUUGAUCUGGCCCAUUCAAUGAAAGCCUAACGUUCUGUCAAGGGAUAUCAGACCAGGAUCUAUAUUAUUACUGAUAUGUUGCACAGCUUGAUUCUCAAGAACUGGAAGUGGUGCUGUAGGAGUUUUGUUAGGUCGAUGGAUGUGUACUUGUAAGCUAUUAUCUCCUUUUGAAUUUCAUUAUUAUAUGCCUAAUUUGUGCAUGAUAACAAUCAGUUGUUCUGGACCAAAUACAUGAUCCUUGUACAAACUGAUACCUAGUAGAAAUAGCAUCAUGGGUGACGUACGGCAGAGAGCAGAUAUGAAGUUUUGUCCUGCAGCAUUAACAUCUGAAGAGAUUCUGGCAGCUCGCAAUGAAAGGUAAUUGAUAAUAAUACGGGAAUUCAUCUUUGUUGAAGUUGAUAUACAUGCCAUUUACUACAUGUAUGACAGAAGCUGCAGCUCUAAUGAUGGCCUUCAUUUCAUCUUCAUCAUCAUCCCUCUGCUGUUUGGAAAUGCUCUCAGAUGAUGCUAGCUGUGACAUGAGAGUUAGACCUAUCCUAUCCAUUUUCAGAAGAUUAAGCUCAUUAUUUAUAGUAUUUAUUAUAUAGCAUUGAGGUGAGUGGCCUAUCGCUGGAGAGAAAAAGACACGACAACCUUGAUUUAGAUAUUAUGAUGCAUUGAAUGCUGCUACUUGAGAUAAAAAUCAUUUCAAAUGAUAUACUUGAUUUCAUUUAUUUUUUUAUUGCUUUUGGCAACGCAUCGCAGUAUAUGCAUUUUGGCACCAAGAUCACCAACCUGCGGUGUUUUAUCUGAAAGAUACCAUUAUUAUUAUCUAAUGUUAAAAAGGACAUUGAUCUUGUCCUUGAUUUUAUGGGUGAAUGUGCAUUCUCGAUCCUUAUUUUUAUUUUAUUUAAUCUUCCUGUAAGAAUAUGUGUAUAUGGACAUCAAGAACACCAACCUGCGCCGUUUUAUCUUAGAGAUACCAUUAUAUAAUUAUGGUAUAUAAGGUAUAAAAGGUCAUUGACCUUUGGCCUUAAAUUUUAUCGGUGAAUGUGCAUUCUAGGUACUUAAAUUUAUUUUAUUUGAUAUUCUGGUAAGAAUCUAUGCAUUUUGACACCAUUAUCACCAACCUGCACCUUUCCAUCUCAGAGAUACCAUUAUACAGUAUAUAUGAAAAGGUCAUUGACCUUUGACCUUGAAAAAACCACUUUACCCAACCCGUAUUCCUCCUAACUUUUCUUUGGUAAAUGUUGACACCCAUACCUACUCAAAUCAGUUGAAAAACCAUUUCCAAUAAUUUUAUUCCAGAUUGGCUAUUUUGGGGUAUAAUUUAGGGAUACUAUUAGUCUUGAUUUUCAUUUUGUUAAUCAUUGUCAAGCUUGGGAAAAGUGUGGAGAAACAAGUACUAAAUGAAAAAUAAAAUGUAAAUCCACUUUAAAAUGAUAAAAACUUAAUUAUAAAAUGCUAAAGAUGUCUGAUAUAAACUUUUGUUCAGAUUCAGUUAUGUCCUCAGAUUCAGCUUGCACAAAAAGGGUAAAGGUUGUGCUUACUAAGUGUUGAAAUUUCAAUUUGGGUGGCAAAAUUGUUACAAAAUGCUUGAGUGUAUCCGUUUUAUUUCAAUUGACUAAAAGUGCAAGGGAAAUUUAUGAGAAAUGUUUCGCAGGGUAAGUUUGAUGUCGCCCUUCCCCCUUGACACUGCGUGAAAACGAGCAUUUCUGCGCAAACAGAUUUCUGCGAGCUUUACAAAAAUGGACAGUGCUCACUCGAGUGUAACAUUCUGUCAAGGAUUUUACUUUCAUUGGAUAGAUGGGACCCAAACCCAAGAAUAUAUGUAAAAAAAAUACCCACGUGUUGUUAAUUUUUUUAUUCCCAGGGCUUUUUCAAAGUGUAAACUUUUUUUUGCUACGCACUGUAUACACCAAUCAACACCCUAGUUUUUGCCGAGUGAUGCACGGGAAACGUCAUGCAGAAGUAUCAUGUAUUAUGUAUUCCAUGCUUUAUAAAGCAAGGUGUGAAUAUUUGCUGGAUAUUUCCAUCCAUACUGAAGAUAAUUAGUAAUCUAGUGAACGAUUAAAACUGCUAAAUGCAUAAGACACUGAACUGUGCAUCUUAUUGAUCGAUUGAUACAAUAUACAAAUCAUCAUAUCUUUCUUGUAGAAAUUAAAUGUAAAUCCUUGUUAACUAUAUAUUUUUAUCAUAUUUUCUCAAGUUAAAGAUAAACAAGGCUGGAUAAUAUUACAAGAUAUGAAUAAAAAGUGAAAAAGGACACACAAAACAAUUUUGUACUGGAAAGAACGCAGCGCCACUUAGUGUGUUCAGAGAGUGUUUACAUUGUGGAAUAUGUGGAAAUUUGAUUCACGCUGCUGUUGACGGUUUCACAGUAUUGACUCUUCUACAGUGUAAAACCAUUUUCACAUUAUGUUUCCAUAGUAAACUAUGUGAAAAUGUGAUUCAGUGUUAAAACGAUGCGUGACACUGUGUUCUUUCUGGUAGGAAUGUGUCGUUGCUUACAUCUGGAAUUUGUAAUAAUUAUACUAUGUUCUUACUUGGCUGUAUAUAGUAAUACAAAAUAUCGAGUCUUGUUAAAUAUUUUUAUUCUUAACUGCAGAAGGGUACACAGGUCUCUUUUCUAUCUUGAUAUCUUUCAUUUCUAAUUGUCUUAAUUAAUUUUCUUCUUUAGGAAGGCACUUAUAAAGAUACAUGUUUUAAGACCUCUAAUGCGUCGUUUUCCAAUUAAUGUUCUGUUAAAAUUAUGAAGUAAGAGUACGCUUUAUGAAGUAUUGAUAUCUUAUGUUAUUAUCGCGAUGUAAAUUAUUGUGUUUGCUUUAAUAGCGAAAUAUGUGGUGUUAUCAGGUUUUUGUUAUAUUAUUACUUAAUUAGGAAUUUAUGUAAUGUACAAAUGUUACUUUCUUUCGCUAAGUAUCAUAUGUUUUAUGUGACUUAGUGAACCGUUGUUUGCUUGCCUAUAAUUUCCUGGUUGGUUAUUUUAGUGAAGAAAAUAAUACUGUACCUCCAGCUCAAAAUAUAAAUUGCAACUAUUUUUAGAGUAUUAUACGUUUGAGAAUUUUAUUGAACAUUAGCAACUGCACUGGAGCAGAAUCCCUACAAAAGUACGAUAAGAUGCGGAACUUAACUGGUUCAUAUCUCCGUUCAAAAAGUCAUGAUAAUUUUUUUUUAAUGUUUUUAUUUGUUUAUUUUGUCUUUUUCUCUCUCUCUCACUGUUUCCCUCUUUCCCCCUUUCUUUGUGGGCAAUUUGAAUCAGUUUACUCCUGAAGUAUCACAUAUUUAUAUCAGUCCGACCUAAUCGAAUGAUAUAAUCUAGCAAUUAGGUCGGUGUCUUUCGCUAAAUUAAGGGUUAAAUACUUUGUUCUAGGUCAUCAUGCUUGUUGACGCGGUAAAAUAUAUCAAGAGCUUGCAAGGUUGUUUUCAACUUCUUUCUCUUUGUGGAUAUUCGAUAUAUGAGGAAAUUAAUUCUUACAUACGGAACUAUUCUUGGGGGGAAAAUCAAUAUAAAUCUUGGGUAACAGAGUUUUAGAAGUUACCAAAAGAUAUAUUACAAUACUAGCUAGGAAGAAACAAAAAAAAAAGAAGAAAACGUAACACUUUCAUGAACGAAACAUGUUUCUAAAGUGUUUGUAGAAAUACCACUUAUCAAUUAGUGGCGUACCUGGAAAAUCUCGUCACGAGAGGCAAACAUUAUCUAACCAAUAACUCCACCCCCCCCCCCCCCCGAAAAAUAAUUGUUGAGAAGACAAUUCCGUAAGCGUUUCCCUGUCAAAAGAAACGAGAAGCAAUAUAAAAAGUGGUCAAAAUUCAACGUUAUUUCAAAUUGUACAUUCCCAUAUGGAAAAAAAAUCUGAGACCAAAAUGUUCUUCGAAAUCCACCAGUGAGGGGCUCUCUGUCCCCCAGCCCCUUUAGAUGCGUAGCUUGGCACUGACUGUCUGUUCAGGCUUAUAUUAAUUAAUUGAAUAUUUGGUUCAGCGUAUUUUCUUUGCGGUUACAAAGCGCUUAACAAUUUUUUUUAUAGAUAAAAAGAGACUAUUUGGGUAAUAAAGCGAUUCCUGAAACUAUUGACGAUGACGUGUCUCAAGUUAGAAACAUCUUAACGGUAUGAUUUAUUCGUUUUUCUUUUAUUCUUUUACAUGAUAUUGAUAAAAAAUAUACAUGAUAAUGAUUAUAGUUAGGCAACAUGUUUAUGUUCCAAGUUUACUGUCUUUCUCUAUAAUAUGGUCUUUAAUAAACUUUAUAACUCGUUUGAA